GCCGACUUGCGGCCUGUCGUGGAGGCGGCUUUGGGCGGCUAUAAUGGAACUAUUAUGACGUACGGCCAGACCGGCAGCGGCAAAACACACACGCUCAUUGGUCGCGUGUCCGACGCCAGCCCGGAACACCACGGUGUCGUACCGCGCGCCAUCAACCACCUAGCGGCGGGUAUUGCGGAGGCGGGGGAGAGGGACGGGGCGGACUUCCAGGUGAUUCUCAGCGUGGUCGAGAUCUACUGCGAGCGCAUCCGGGACCUUCUAGAACCUUCCCCGGCUGUCUCAGCCACGGCAGGAGCGGAUAACCUCCAAGUCAAACAGGAUGCCGUACGAGGGGUGUACAUCGAGGGUGCAACUGAGCUGGGCGUUACGGACGAGCAGCAGCUGGUGGACUUCAUGACGCGGGGGCUGGCGCAGAGGGCCGUAUCGGCGACCAGUAUGAAUGAGGCCAGCAGCCGCAGUCACUGCAUCGUAACUGUACGGGUAAAUCGUACACUGCAGGACGGCACACUUCAGGUUGGCAAACUGGUAAUGGUGGAUCUGGCGGGAAGUGAGCGAGCGGAUCGAACUCAUGCAGCCGGCACCACCCUGGUGGAGGGGUCCCUCAUCAAUAAAUCGCUAAGCUGUCUGUCCAACGUCAUAUAUGCCCUCACAGAAGACUCCAGGGGCGGUAAGGCCCGCCAUGUGCCGUACAGGGACAGCAAACUGACACGUGUCCUGCAAGACUCGCUGGGCGGCUCUGCUCGUACGGUUCUCAUCAUUUGCUGUUCCCCAUGCUUGGAGAAUGCAGCCGAGACGUUGUCAUCCCUGAGGUUUGGAUCACGGUAG